AUGAAGAAUUUAGGUGCUAACUAUCCAAUAACAAGUAAGUAUUUUAAAGAUCAAGGCUAUUCAAAUGAACAAAUUACCUUAGCUUGUCGUAAGGGAGUUAAACCCUAUGAAUAUAUUGAUUCACAAGAUAGAUUCUUGGAAAUAAAACUCCCUUCAAUUCAUGAAUUUAGUACUUAUCUUAGUGGUAAAAUUUCACAAGAGGACUAUCUUUAUGCUCAAAAAGUAUGGUCUGAAUUUGAAUGUAAAAAUCUAGAUGAAUACCAUAAUUUCUAUCUUAAAACUGAUGUACUUAAUCUAGUAGAAGUCUGGACAGUAUUUUAA